UAAGAAGUGUUGGGUGUAUUGUGGCCAUGAUCGGUUGGCAAGAUGUUUAUAAGGUGGUUGCCGCCAUGGCUCCAUUGUACUUUGCUUUGAUCUUAGGCUAUGGCUCUGUGAAAUGGUGGAAAAUCUUUAGCACUCAACAGUGCGACGCCAUUAACAAAUUAGUUUGCUAUUUCACUCUCCCUCUCUUCACCUUCGACUUCACUUCCCAUAUCGACCCUUUUCAUCUCAACUUCCCUUUCAUCGCCGCCGACGCCAUCGGAAAACUUAUCAUCGUUCUCGUCUUGGCCUUUUGGGCCAAGUGUACUACCAAAGGUAGUUAUUGUUGGUCCAUCACUAGCUUCUCUCUCUCUACGCUUACCAACGCCCUCGUCAUUGGUGUUCCUCUCGCUAAGGUCAUGUACGGUCAAAUGGCUGUCGAUCUCGUUGUACAGGGUUCGGUGGUUCAAGCAAUUGUUUGGUUGACUAUACUAUUGUUUGUGUUGGAACUUCGACGAACGGGGUUGGAUUUGGUCGCUGCUGAAGCUUCUUCGGGGGUUGUGAGUGAAGAAAAAACUGUUGAAGUGGGUGGAGAGGGAGAAAAGGAUUUAGAGGGAGAGGGCAUGGAGGUUGAGGAAAUGAGAAGAUCAAGUAAGAGUCAUAGGCCUUCUUUGAAGCCUUUGAUGAAGAAAGUUUGGGUGAAGAUGGCUGGGAAUCCCAACUCAUAUGCUUGUACCAUUGGCUUUGCUUGGGCAUUUGUUGCAAAAAGGUGGCAUGUUGAAAUGCCAAGCAUUAUGGAGGGGUCUAUUUUAAUAAUGUCAAAAGCUGGGAUUGGCACUGCCAUGUUCAACAUGGGAAUUUUCAUGGCAUUGCAAGAAAAAUUGAUAGCUUGUGGACCAACACUCACUAUAGUAGGAAUGGUGUUGAAGUUUAUUGCUGGACCAGCUGCCAUGGCCAUUGGCUCCAUUGCUAUGGGUUUGCAUGGUGACGUUCUUCGUGUUGCUAUAAUUCAGGCAGCAGUACCACAAUCCAUAACAUCAUUUAUUUAUGCAAAAGAGUAUGGAUUGCAUGCAGAUGUUCUUAGCACAGCGGUGAUUUUUGGGGCAAUAGUUUCUCUUCCUGUGUUGGUUGCUUAUUAUGCAGCUUUAGAGUUUAUUGUACAUUGACCCUUUUACGAGAGAUCUAAUAGCAAAAAAUUGUAAGAAUGGGAGAGAAUGUUGAGUUUGAACAAACACCUUCAAUUAUUAAUUCAUAUCACUAAUCACUACUUAAUCUUA